CUGGCCACAGCCAGCGCCCGCCAGGAGCGGGAGAUAGUGCACCAGCGGCUGCAGGCCUCGGCGCCGCGCCUGGGAUGCCUGGGCGUGCGGCGGCGCGGAAUCGACGUGCAGGAGGUGUGGGAGGAUGGGCAGGCGUUCAAGGAUGUGCACGCCAAGCUGCGGGCGCUAGCCGAGCAGCGGGAGAGCAUAGAGGCCGCGCGCAAGGCCACCAAGCGGCGCCUGCCGCUGCCCGGCCAGGCGCUGCCGGCGGAUCCCGGGGCGGCGGCGGCUGGGGGCGUGCUGCACCCGGAUGACUGGGUGGUGCAGGAGGAGAUCUUCAAGGCGCGGCUGGCGGCGUUGAAGCGGGAGGAGGAGCUGCUUCGUGGCGAGCUGGCACGCCUGGAGGCAGAGAAGGUGGCGCACAUACGGGAGCUGAAGAGGGCCAAGGACGAGGAGGGCAGCCGCUUUGCGGGCUUCCCCGUGCUGCACAACCGCUACCUGCUCAUGAACCUGCUGGGGCGCGGCGGCUUCUCGGAGGUUUACAAGGCCUUUGACUUGGUGGGCCUGCAGGAGUGGACAGAGAUGCGCAAGGCCAGCUACGUGAAGCACUCGGUGCGGGAGUACCAUAUACAGAAAGGGCUGAAGCACCCCAGGAUUGCCUCUCUGCUGGACAUCUUCGAGAUAGACAACAACACCUUUGCCACGGUGCUGGAGCUGGUGCAGGGCGGCGACCUGGACGCUUACUGCAAGCUGCACGAGGCACGUGCCGCUGGCGCCGGCGCUGGACUGACGCUGCCCGAGCGGGAGGCCAAGACGAUUGUGGCCCAGAUCCUGUCUGGCCUGGUCUACCUCAACACCAAGCCCCGCUCCAUCAUCCACUACGACCUCAAGCCCGCCAACAUUCUGUUCGACCGCAACGGGGAGUGCAAGAUCACGGACUUUGGCCUGAGCAAGGUGGUGGACGAGGGGCAGACGCAGGGCAUGGAGCUAACGAGCCAGGGGGCGGGCACGUAUUGGUACCUGCCGCCAGAGUGCUUUGUGGUGCGCCACGACGCCGCGGCGCCCAUGAUCAGCAACAAGGUGGAUGUGUGGAGCGUGGGCGUCAUCUUCUACCAGAUGCUGUUUGGGCGGCGCCCCUUUGGGCACGAGCAGAGCCAGGAGCAGAUCCUGCGCAACGAGGUGAUGCUCAACGCGCGUGAGGUGGCCUUCCCCGCCAAGCCCGCCGUCUCGGCAGAGGCCAAGGACUUCAUCCGAAGGUGCCUGGCGUACCGCCAGGAGGACCGCAUGGAUGUGCUGUCGGCGGCGGCCCACCCGUACCUCAGCUUCAAGAAG